AAAGACUGAACUAGUAAAAUUAGUUUUAUUUCUGAUGAAUAAGAAUAAAGUAAUUGCUGUGUUUCAGUAAGGCAGCCAUGUCCAGUUUGUCUGAGAGGGGAUAUGAAUAGAACUAGGGUGCCCACAACGAACUAACCAACAAUGCUGAUAUGGUAGUGUUGUGCAAUAGUUAUAUGCAUUAUUUUUGUCUUUCGCUACAACGGUAAUUACCAACAGUUUUACGCGUGUGUGGAGAGCUUGUUCAGUAGCUAGAUGGCUAGUUUGGCACAUUAUCGAAUGCACUGAAUCAAAUGAGUUGGUUUAAUAUAUUGUUAACGUCAGCUAACUAGCAAGCAAUCCAGUUUUGCAGUGCAAACUUGUUUUGAACCUUUUCAAUCGUGACAGCAAUCACAUAAGCUACGAUGUAUCCCUCUAUUUCGCCACAUUACUCGCUCAUUUACUUUCGCUGUACCUCUCGUGGAAUGUAGGGGUAACUUUCCAUCUAGCUAUUACAUUUUGCCAACGUAAGCCAUUCUCCACAAGGGUUGUGAUUCUCGAAAGGAUGUCAGAAGGCUUCCUCAUGGAAGUGUGUGUGGAUUCAGUGGAGUCGGCCAUUAACGCUGAAAGGGGAGUUGGUUCUCUCUCUGUGUUUGCAGGUGCAGGCCGCAUUGAGCUUUGCUCCAGCCUCCAAGAGGGAGGAAUCACACCCAGUAUUGGUCUUUUGAAGGUGGUGAAGCAGUAUACCCGGAUACCGGUCUAUGCCAUGAUCCGCCCUCGAGGAGGGGACUUCCUGUAUACAGACCGCGAGGUGGAGGUGAUGAGGAUGGACAUGGACCUGAUGAAGGGCAGCGGAGCAGACGGGCUGGUCCUAGGGGCGCUCACUGAAGACGGGCGGGUCGAUGCCGAGCUCUGCAUGGAACUUCUGGCUGCCUGUCGACCUUUGCCUGUCACUUUUCACAGAGCUUUCGACAUGGUGCGCGACCCCUCGGCAGCCUUGGAGACCCUGGUCUCACUGGGCUUUGAGAGGGUGCUGACCAGCGGCUGCGACUGCUCUGCUCUGGAGGGACUCCCAGUCAUCAAGCGACUGGUGGAGCAGGCCAAAGGCAGAAUUGUUGUCAUGCCUGGUGGAGGCAUCACUGAACGGAAUCUGCAGAGGAUUCUGGAAGGUUCCGGAGCGCAGGAGUUUCACUGUUCCGCCCGCUCAAGCCGAGAAUCUGCCAUGAAAUUCCGGAACCAUCACGUAAACAUGGGCGCAUCGAUCUCCGUGCCAGAGUACGCCUCCAAGGUCGCCGACGUCACCAAGGUGCGCACCCUGAAUGCCAUCGCCAAGAACACCCUGUAGGGGAGGUCGGGCCACCCUGCCACACCUGGAGGAACAGGUUCUUCAGUCCACAGGGGAGCACCAGAGUGGAGUGUGAGAAGAACACUGCACCUACACAGAGGCAACGAAGGCCAGAAUCAGGGAUGGUGCACAAACCAGCUAAAAUGCACAGGGAGUCUCCACUUCUCACUUUGAUCGCUGUACCUUGCAAAAUUGUGUUGUUUACAGGCUGGAAGACAUUGCCAAGAGACUGCUUUGUAGAUGAGGCUGGCUGAAUAUGGAAGAAGCCAGCCAGAGCCCAGAUGACUUGAAGGGAUGUCAUAGAAUCCUUUUUCGUUUAGCUUUUUGUUUGCUGCAAUCUCGUCGAUCAUUUCUACAGUGUGUGAGUAAAUUGUAUUCCACAAAAUUCAAUUAAAAUGCAUUAUUUUUAUUUUA